AUGGCAGACAUGGAGAUCGACAGCACAUCUGCAGCAGAAAGCAAGGUGGCGACUACCGGAGACAAGAAGCCUCGAUUCGAAGUGAAGAAGUGGAACGCCGUCGCUCUCUGGGCUUGGGAUAUCGUUGUCGACAAUUGCGCCAUCUGCAGGAACCACAUCAUGGAUCUUUGUAUCGAAUGUCAGGCAAACUUGGGCGCGGACGGCGAAGGAUGCACGGUAGCAUGGGGUAUCUGCAACCACGCCUUCCACUUCCACUGCAUCUCCCGCUGGCUCAAGACCCGACACGUCUGCCCCCUCGAUAACCGGCAAUGGGAGCUACAGAAAUACGGUCGAUGA